GGGGUAUCAAUCAAGGAAAUCGAUGAAAAAAGAUAUGAACCGUGUGCUGGAAGAUGGAGCUUGGGUGUUUGAGAGAGAUUUAGUGUUGUUGAAAGCAGUUCAACCAGAUGAUAUUCCUGAAAAACUAAUUUUAUUUGAGGCAGACUUUUGGGUUCAAGUGCAUAAUGUUCCUCAAAAAUUUAGAAAUCUGAUUUCUGCUAAGCACAAUGGGAAUUUUAUUGGCUCUUUUAUAAAGUUUGAUGAGAACAGUUAUGGAGAUAAAAAGAAAUCUUUCUUGAGAAUCAGAAUCUGUAUGGAUGUUAGGAAGCCCCUGAAAAAGGGCACUUCUCUGAAGAAGGAAGGAAAGGGACAUUGGGUUGAUUUUAAGUAUGAGAAACUACCCAAUUUCUGUUUCAUAUUGGGGUAGUUGGGCAUUCGGAUAAGUUUUGCUCGUUACGAUAUGAGGAAGGAAUUAUUAUUGAAAAAUCUUUUGGAGUUGAGCUUAGGGCAGGAGGAGUAAAGACUAGCCUUGCAUGCCCUAAUAAGUGGUUCGUAGAAGACCCUGUCAGCUUCAGGGGAGCCGGACAGCAAAGGAAGACUGAGCUCGAGGAGGAGCAAUCGGCUGAGACAGGGGUUAGUGCUUCAAAACAAGGCGCGGAUGAUAUGGAAGGGGAACUAGGAGAGACAAAACACAGGAGAAUAUGGGAGGACAAGCUUAAAGAGGAUACAGGGAACGAAGACAUGACACUUGAUAGGCCAAAAAAUGGGGAGGUGGCGGGUCAGACCUCCUAGACCCGUCGAUUUGCAGUGGAUGGUUUUGUUUAAGAUUUCGAGGGCUGGAGUUUAUUUUAUUUUCCUUAGGUUUUAUUUACACGAGUUAUCUGUUUUGUUAUGUUUUUAUUCUUUUGUUUACUGUGAAACUCUUGCACUAGGUUUGGAGGUCGAAAGGUCUGCGGUAGGCGUCGUUAGUUUUAAUUUGCCCAAAUUCGGUCUAACGAGUUAUAUUGCUUUGUUUAAGGUGAUUAACUCAGAGUCUCGUCUAUGGGCGGAUGGCUACAUGCGGUCCUUUCACAUUCUUGUACUCCUGUUGUUUGCUAUCUUAAUGAUAUAAGCGCCUUACGAUAAAUAAAAAAAUAAAAGUUAU